AUGUUUUUACCUGCAUCUGUGCCAGUCUCGAGAGUCACCGUUUCUCCUGUCUGGUUUUCUGACCAUUGCCAAGUACAGGUGGUGUUCUCAGUUGAGGCGCCUAUAUUUGGGAGAGGGUUUUGGAAAUUAAACGUAAACAUUUUGGGGGAUUUGUCUUUCAGGGAGGCUUUUAAAUCCCAUUAUGAGAUAUGGGGUGACCUCAAGCCCUAUUUUGGUUCUUUAGUCGAAUGGUGGGAGUGCGUAAAGCGCAAUGUGCGCACACUGGCCAUUUCUCACUGUGUUGCUAAGGCUCGGGCUGACAGGGGGGUUUUUCGGCAGCUUCAGGGGGAACUGGCAGCCUUGGUGGCAGCUGAGAACAACGGUGAGGGGAGGGAUGUGGAGAGAAUGGAGGUUUUAAAAAGUAAGUUGGGGCUGUAUUUUCAGGGGAAGGCCAGGGAUUUUCUCUUCAGGUGUCAAAGGGAUAAGUUUGAGUUUGGGGAGGCGAGUAGUUCAUAUUUUUUUAAACAGGUUAAAGCUGCUCGGGCCAAAGCAGUAAUUGCCCAGCUGCGAACAGAAGGGGGCGGAAUGGUCUCUGACCCUAGUGGGAUGGUGGAAGCAGCGUCCGCAUUCUACCGAGAAUCCUUUAGGGAGAAGGACAUAGACGGUUCGAAAGAGAGUGUCUUUUUGGGUUUUUUGAGGAGGAAGGUUCCCCCGGAGGCAGUCGUUGACCUAGACCGCCCUUUUGAGCUGACGGAGGUUGAGGCUGCUUUGCGGGCUUUACCUACCAACAAGGUGCCAGGUUUUGAUGGGAUUCCUCUGGAGUUUUAUGUUACCUUUUGGGAGGUUUUGGGGAGAGAUUUUCUUUCUGUAGUUAAUGCAGUGUUUGAUUCAGGGCUUUUAGGGUCUUCAAUGAGGGAGGGGGUCUUGACGCUGUUAUUUAAGAAAGGGGAAAGGGAUAACCUGGGGAAUUAUAGGCCCAUUACACUAUUGUGUGCAGACUAUAAGGUGGUAGCCCGGGUUUUAGCGGGCCGCCUCAGGAAGGUUCUGCCUCAUGUCAUACAUGAGGAUCAGACAUGUGGGGUGGAGGGGAGGUCCAUCCACUGGAACCUGAGUCUGGUGAGGGACUGUAUUGCUUGGGCCCAGGACAGAGGGGUGCACCUCAUGUUGGUGGGCUUAGACAUGGAAAAAGCUUUUGAUAAGGUGCACCAUGGGUUCCUUUUUUCAGUUUUGGAAAGGAUGGGGUUUGGGGCAGGGUUUUUAAGGUGGGUGGGGAUUUUAUAUACGGCAGUGGGAAGUAGGGUUUUAGUUAAUGGGCAUGUAGGGGAGGUGGUCCCUCAGCAGACUGGGGUACGUCAAGGCUGCCCAUUGUCACCACUGCUUUAUGUGUUGUACAUUGAGCCUCUGGCAGCAGCUUUCAGGGCGGACACACGUAUUUUGGGCCUCCGCCUCCCUGGCGGUGGCUCUUCGGAGGUCAAGAUCUCCCAGUAUGCGGAUGACAUGACUUUGUUUCUGACGUCCGAGGGGAGUGUUGCCAGGGUGGUGGAGGUCCUGGGGGAGUUCGGACAGGCGUCGGGGGCUAGGGUCAACCUGGGGAAAUCCUCAGUUAAGUUUUUUGGGCCGUGGGCGGGGAGACAGGAAGGCCUCAGUGGUCUCUCGCUCUGCUCGGGGCCGAUGAGGGUCCUGGGAGUGGAUUUUGAGGUGGCAGGUAGUGAGGGAAUCAAUUGGGGACAGAGGAUUGCAAAAGUGCGCACCCGGGUGGGCCUUUGGAAAGCUCGUCGGCUCUCUAUGAGUGGACGGGUUCUUGUCAUUAAAGCAGACAUUCUUCCGUCCUUGGUUUAUUUGGCCUAUGUUUUUCCUGUGCCUCCUCGUUACAGGAAGGGCCUAGUGCGAAUUAUUUUUUCCUUUGUUUGGGGGGGCUACGAAUAUGUAAAAAGGGAUUGGAUGGUGCAAUCAGUGGAGGAGGGGGGAAGGGGUGUUCCUGACCUCCCUCUUAAGUUGGACACUAUUUUCUUUUCUUCGAUAUGUAAAAGUUUGGUCAGCCCUUGUAGCCACGGUUUCAAGGUUUUUCUUUUGUUUUGGCUAUCCUUCCCACUGCGAAGGUUGGUAGCCUGGGACAACUCCCGCCCUAAGGCGGAGACCCUCCCGGCUCAUUUCCAACAUGCGGUGAAGUGGAGCAGAAGGCACACUGAGUGCCUGGAGGGUCUGCUCUGCAUGGACCACAGGGCUUUAUACAGGACCUUGGUGGCUAAGCGGGGUCCUGUCGGUAUCUAUGGGGUGGGACCAGUGGUAUGGAAGGCGAUUCAGCAGAAGGGUCUACCUAACAGGUUGAAAGAUCUAAACUGGUUGUGUCUGCAUAGGCGUUUGCCCGUUAGGGAAGUCCUUCAUAGGCACGGCCUGUCAAGGGUUAAGGUAUGCCCAAGGGAGGGGUGUGAAGGCGAGGAGACGCUCCGUCAUGCAUUUUGGGAGUGCUCCUUUGCCCGGAGGGUGUGGAGGGAACUGGGUUCUUGGUUUUCAGGUGAAGGGGAUUUCAUCUUUUGAAGCAGUUACGUUGGGGUUGGGUUUGGGCAUCAGCAGCGGGAGGGGGUCUUUUUUAAUUUGGCUACUGAUCUCUUUGGGGAAGGCAGCUCUGUGGGAUUCAAGGGGGGUUUUGAUUAAGUCCAAUAUGGACUGGGGAGUAGGUGGGGUGGUGAGUAGGGUUAGAGCUGAUCUGAGAAAGAGGUUUGAUUUUGAUGUGGACAAAUAUGGUUUCCAUGCCUCUCAGUAA